AUGGCGAACAGCGCAUAUCUUUGCGGUCCGGAUAGUUUCGUUAUUCAGGGUUCUUACUGUGUUUCCUCAAAAGGUAUAGAAGUGUCAAACGAUAAAGAAAGAUUUCUGAUACACCGCAAACUAAUAGAUCGAUUGGUGCGCAUUGUACCUACAAUAAACUCAAAUGCUCAAUCAAACGGUAGUUCCAAUAGUAUUCAGCGGCGAUUUGGACGGACACCGUCAAAUUUGUAUACGCUUUUGAUUGCCACAAAAGACUUUCUAUUUUACGAAAUCAGUUUUCCUUCUGUACGACAGCAGCAAACUGUUCAUAAUCAACUAUUCGAUAUGUUAAAGGAACCAUCAUGGAAAAUUGAUGACUUUAUUACUGACUGUCCGGUUAUCGAUGGUGGGGGUCAUAGAGCCCAGGUCUUUUCUCCCGAAAUUGAUUUUGCUGAGCAAAUAUCCAACAACCAAUUGCGGAUAAGUUAUGUUAAUGAAAAUUUCCAAGUUUGUUCGUCUUAUCCGCAAAUCAUGGUUGUUCCAGCAGUGGUUGAUGACAGUGUUGUUACGAAUGCUGCCCGUUGUCGUUUUGGUUUUAGGUUUCCUAUGAUAAAGUACUUUCAUGCCCCAAAAUCGACAAUUUUAGUCACCACAAGUAGAAAGACAUGUCUUGUUCCCUCGAGUUCUUCGAGUCGCUUAAGCCAAUUAUCUCUGGUCAAUGAUACAUCUUCUAUUUCUGGUUCCAUACAACCAUCUUCUUCCAAGCCCGAGUCGCAAGCCAAUGACCAUUUACUUGAUACCAUGCUGUCCCCCAGUGGACGCGGAUUGGUUAUUAAUCUAGCCAAUGAGAGUAGUAAUCACGCCGUUGCCUCAUCUUCCAACUCAAAAAGUACUAAAAAAGGUGAGUGCAAGCCAUGUAUUUUCUCUGUACCCCUCUAUAUAGAGAGACGUGAUUUCUCCACGAUAAUAGCAGAAGACACCUUGCCCAAAAAAUCUAAAAAACGAUGGCAUUUGAAACGCCUUAUUGGAGAUUCCUCAACUGAUCUCUAUGACAAGGGAUGGAAAUCUAUGCAAAAACCUCUGCCAGAUCCACCCAAGAUUCAUGAAAUAUUCGUCAAGUUCAUUGAAGACAUCACGACUCCGACUGGAAUACCCUCGCAACAAAACUCUAAUGCGGGAUUUAAUCUUCCAAAUCUUCUUCGACCAGCCACGACAACCACCGAAGAAGACGUUGCAAGUGGCAAGAGCACGUUUGCUGGUGUUAAGGUGAGUCUGAAGAAAACAACAGCUUGGCUUGGACUGGUUCGGGAUACGCUAGCCAUCGCUUCCACAGCAGCUUGUGCACUUUGCGGACGUGAUAGGUCGGACAAAACAGGAGAAGGUCUCUCAGUGCUUCUUAUUAGUAACGAGGGCACUGAUAGAUCCCUACUUAUCUCCUCUCUGACUCAAAUUAUCCUCUCUGCUGAUACUCGCACUAUUAGUGGAUUUGCGGCUCUGGUGCAUCGUGAUUGGGUAGCUGCAGGACAUCCAUUCGCAAGACGCUGUUCAAGACUCCUGACUCAACCCAGUGAUCAAUUGAAGGAAGCCUCUCCCAUAUUCCUCCUCUUUCUAGAUUGUGUUUGGCAGGUUUGUUAUCUUAUUUAG